AUGGAGCCAGAAAAUAGAGAACUGUCUUCUGAUAGUCCAAGCCAUGACAAUGAAGUUGAAAUUAGCAAAGAAAACACCAAGAGCUCCCCAGUCUCCAAGGUAUUGCUCCCAGAGGGAAAGAAGCGAAACCCCAGCUACGUGGGGGACCCUACGACUGCUGUAGAUAUGGGUAAUGUUUCGACUAUGAGUAUGGCUAGUAACAACGUUUCCCCGAAGAUGAAUGUGAUACCGGCACAAAAGAGAAAUAUUCCUCGGUCAAUUCGAAGCGACCAGGAUUCUGAUGUGGCUAGUGAGUUCCAACUAAGUCACAGCCAAAACGGUGAUGAUGACAUUGUCAAUAAUGAAAGUUCAAAUGUAGAAGAGAAUGUAGAAGAAAAUGAUGGCGAUGACGCCGAUGAAGACGAUGAAGAAGAUUUACAUAACAUAUUGAACGAUUUAAUACGACAUGAACCCCAGGCGCUCUAUACGACUGCAUCACAAUCGCUUGCUGCACAGAACGUAGCGCCUACUUCUUCCAAUGCGUCGACAAUACUUGAUUAUAAUAUAUUUCCAUACAAUGAGUCCGAUUCAGAACUUUCCGAGAAUUCACUCAUAAGUAAAUAUAUAUCAGUAUCCAAAAACGAUUCAAAUUCGGUGUUCCACAGCAAGUACAAGCAGGUAUUUGUUCUCUCAUCUGCUGGUAAGCCUAUCUACUCACUCAAUGGAUCUGACGGGGUGAUAAUGGGAUACAUGGGAUUGAUUACAACCAUUGUAUCGACAUUUGAAGAAACAAAAGAUCACGAAGAAAUCAAGUCGAUAACCUACGACGAUUGUAAAAUUGUAAUUAUGAAUAGGAGCCCGUUAAUUCUAGUUGCCAUAACCAAAAUUGGAUAUGAGAAGAUGCAGCUUCGUAAAGCGGCAGACGUUGAGGCUGAUAUUGAUGACCAGAGCAUUUUACUGAGGCAAUUGGACACUUUGUACAACUACCUAUUGUCUAUGAUUUCAAAGCCUAUGAUUACGAAGAAUUUCCAUAAUAGAAUGAAUUAUGAUUUGCGAAAGAUUUUGACCCCAUUGGAUUUCCAAAACCUUGACUCUAUUGUUAUGAAGAUCACGUAUGGAAUUUCCAUAAAAGAGCCCAUUUCGACGGAAGAUACUAGGAAUACUGCUCCAGAUAUAGGAUUUGGCGUAUUUGCUAGUGAAUUGCUUGACUCUGCUCUUGAAUGUGUCAAACUCACCAACACCACUAGGACUAAACUAAACUCUAUUCUUUUGUCGUCUAAAAAGGUUAAAAUUCCAAAACCAGCUGAAGAUGGCCCAAGUGCAUAUCAGACAAUAACUGAUUCUAUACCAUUUCUCAAAGCAUCAGCUGCGAGUGAUAUUAAUGGCCCUACUUCACCCCUGGCAACUGGAAGUUACGGAGACGAUCUUUUAUUUGCAAUUUUACUUGAUGCCAAUUGUAAGAUCAUGUCGGCGAUGAAACCAAAGCAUCAUAACUUGAAGAAUGAAGAUUUGAAAAUCCUAUUAACUUUGAUAUCGAACCAGCAGCACUUGACUAGACAUACUAAAUCAGAAGAGGGCAUAUUAGAUCUUUGGAUUCCAAUCUGCAUGCCACACUUUAAUUGUAACGGGUUUUUGUAUGCAUUCGUCAAGACAAUCUUUGUCAAGCCAGAAGAUUUAAGGAAGACCUCAUCUCCAGGUAUUCCAACUACUAUAGUUUUACUUUCAAGUAGUAAAAAUAGCUUCUUUCAUAUGCAAGAAGUUUCUAAACAAAUUGAAUUCCGAAUUAAUCAGAAGAUGCCAUCGUUCACUUCAACACUCUACCAAGAACUUUCUACCACUACAAUUUCAAUUUUUAGAGAUAUCCAUGUUCCACAAAUCAAGCAUUUUAUAUAUAAACUGAGGUCGAGCAACCAGUUUGUGUCGAGUGACAUAGAAGAGUUCUCCAGGGGCAAUGGUACUACAACCAUGAAUAUCUUAAAGUUAGUUUACUUUUAUUCUACCUUACACAACACUAGAGCGACUCCUAUAAGGAACACUGACUCGUCUUCCUCAAGCGGGGGUUCUACAGGAAACGGAGCUAGUAACGGCAAUUUACUCCCAGCAAAAUCUGCAUCAGAGAGUAAUGGAAGUUCUAGUAAUAGUACACUGACUGGACGGAAUAAGAAGCUUACUUAUAUCAAGAAUUUUGGUAGAAAUGGGGAAAAUAUCAUCUGCUUCAUGCUCUGUAGCGAUAAGUAUGAAUUUUAUUGUCUUUGCGACGAUCGAACUAUUACUACCCAGUUUUUGAUCAAUCAUAGUCUAAAGAUAAUCAAAUGGUGUGAAAAGAAUAGAAAACGUUUAUUUAUUGAUGCCGGUGCCGUUUUCUAG